CGGCGCGUCGGGCUGGGCAUGGCGUCCAUGGCGGCGGCGAUCGCGGCCUCACGCGCGGCCGUCAUGAGCGGGAGCCGGCCGCUGGACGAGCGCGAGCGCAAGCGCUUCACCUACUUCUCGUCGCUGAGCCCCAUGGCGCGCAAGAUCAUGCAGGACAAGGAGAGGGUCCGCGAGCAGUACGGGCCCGAGUGGGCGCGGCUGCCGCCCGCCCGGCAGGACGAGCUCAUCGACCGCUGCCUGCUGGGGCCGCGCGCGCCGCCCGCCCCCGCGGGGCGCCCCGGCCGCUUCCCCGGGCCCGGGCCCACGGGCCAGAAGGUGGUGCGCUUCGGAGACGAGGACAUAACUUGGCAAGACGAGCACUCUGCCCCGUUCUCCUGGGAAACACGGAGUCAGAUGGAGUUCAGCAUCUCCUCCUUAUCCAUCCAGGAGCCGAGUGCGGGCGUCUCGGUCAGCGAGCCACCGAGGCCUCCUGCCAAGGCUUCCCAGGGUACGCCGGGCCUCAGGCCCCCCCAGGGCAGCCGGUCCUCCAGCCUGGAUGCCCUGGGGCCCAGCAGGAAGGACGAGGAAGCGGCCUUCUGGAAGGUCAAUGCGGAGCGCUCCCGGGAGGGGCCGGAGGCCCAGUUCCAGUCUCUGACCCCCAGCCAGAUCAAGUCCAUGGAGAAGGCAGAGAAGGCCUCGCCAGCCAGCUGCUGGCAAGAGCCAGCCCCGAAGGACCGGGAGGCCAAGGCUGCCCACCGGGAGCAGGUCCCACCCAGCACGGAAGGGGAGCAGGAGAGGCCACAGGCUGUCCCCGCUCCUGCUGACCCAGAGCCUGGGAGGAAGCUGCCGGCGCUUGGCGCCGGGCUGGAGGACGAAGACCGUCUGUUCUUGGAACCCACGCUGUCUCAGGUCAGCUCCAGCACGGUCGUCUUGAAGACGGGGUUCGAUUUUCUGGACAACUGGUAAACGGGACGGCAGCAGAGACCCGAGCACGCCCCGCCCUGCGGCGCAGGCGGCGCCCCGAGACCGGCUCCCCUCUCUACACUUUCUUUAAUUCUUUGCAAACUGGUAAAUAGUGCCAGACUUUUUUUUUUCCUCUUUGGUAAAACCAGAUAUAUGCUAUUUUCAGUAAUUUGAUAGCAGAAGUUUUACACUUGGAAUUUUUAUAGUCCAUUAGGAGUUUAAUGUAAGUUCCUAGUUCUACCCAAUUUUCCCCUCAAAGGAAUUUUUUUCACUAUUUACGAAAGUGGUGAACAUGACUCCAUUUCCUCCUCUGCCCCUUCGCACGCUGUCUGUGCGUGGGGCUCCUUGCGCAGGUGACCACCUCCUAGUCCUCAGCUGCAAGGAGAGCUGCAGGGGCAGACGCCAAGGCUGAGGCUGCACCCCCCUCCAU